AUGAUAGAUCUACUAUUAAUAUUUUACAUUGAAGAUGACUUGUCGUUUGGUAAGAGAUCGGAACAAAGUUCUUCGGCAGUGUGUAAACCUGUAUCGGCCUGCUGGGCAAUUAAUGCAGUGGACAGAGACAACAGUACUUGUAUGAAGACUGCAUACAUCGGUCCUUCAUCAACAUAUAAAACAGUGUGGUGGUAUGUGGAUCUGGGAGACGUGUACAGUGUGAACAGCGUUAGGAUUCUGUUUAAGACCUUCGAGAAACAAUAUGAAAACAGACAAAGAGGGCGUUUUGCAGGAUUUUCUCUUUAUCUUUCUACUACUGCCAACAAAGAAGAUGGUCAUAUGUGUUAUAAAGACGGACUGCAGUUACCUUCCCUUGACUUCACAACAACCUGUGAAGGACAUGGCUCUUAUGUUAUAUUUUACAACGAACGAUUGGAUGGGACUGUUUACCCUGAAGGAUAUGAGAAGUUGAUUAUAACGGAAUUAUGUGAAGUGGUAGUGGAAGGCUGUAAAAUGGGAACAUUUGGUAAAUUGUGCAGCAAGCAUUGCUCUAAACAUUGUGAAGAAAGUAAAUGUGAUAUAAUAAAUGGAACAUGUAUGGGAUGUAUGCCUGGAUGGACGGGACAGUUCUGUCAAACACCGUGUGAUAGUGGAUCAUAUGGUAAGAAUUGCAGUCUUCGAUGUUCAGGACAUUGUUUGGAUGAUCAAACUUGUAACCACGUGACUGGAAUCUGUGAAAAAGGUUGUGCUCCAGGAUGGACUCUGACAAUGUGUAAUGAAUUAUGUCCCAGUGGCUGGUUUGGUGAAGGAUGUAGUCAGCGUUGUAGUGGACACUGUACCAAUGAGGAAAUUUGUAACCAUGUAGAUGGGGUGUGUCCAAAUGGCUGUCAAAGUGGCUACCUAGGGAAUUUAUGCCACAAAUGUAAUGCGGAAUUUUAG